AGCUGAAUCCCCCAGUAGGAAGGCUCUUCCUCCCCCGCCUGCUCUCUCCGCCCACAGGUCAAUCAGAGCCCAGCGGCCGCUCCAUGCUGCUCCCUCCUGGCUCCGCUGUGACUGUGCGGGGAGAUCCCUGUCCCCUCCGGCUGCUCCCACACAAUGUUCCCCGGGCUCCUGCUGCGGGCUGCACUGCUGCUGCUCUCUGUCCUCUGGGCACCGGUCCGUCCACACACAGACUGGAUCUCAUCCACCGCGACACCACCCAGCGCGACCCCCGGACCCAACCGCACGCGGACAGAUAUCGCACCUGAACCAGGGGGAUCAGUAACAUGGACCCCAAGAGGGAACUGGAACCAGUCACAAGCUGAGACCCAUAACCCAACUAAACAGGGGGCCACUGGGAGCCACAGACAAUCAGACCCCUCUAGAAGCAUCAGCCAGUCAGAACUAGAAGAGAGUGGACCCCUCCAUUUACCAGGAUCUCGCGGUCCCGCAGAAACAUUGAGUAGCUGGACCCAAGUGCCAGCGGGGUUUCAGGGAUCUGGCACCCAAAUGACUUGGAAACAAAGUGCAAAACAACUAAUGGCACCUGGAUCGGAACCAACUUGGAGUAAGGAACAAAACAAUAUUCCCAGCAGGUCCGGAGAUGUCCUGGAGACUCCCCCGACCACCAAGGCUGCACAAAUGGACCAGCCUGAACCCCACACAGAGUCUCCCUCUGGGACACAACCAGGCUGGACAGGGCAGAGCUACAUGGGGACUGACUGGGAGAGCCCCUCGGCCACUGAAAUUGUCCUUAAAUCAGUAACAAAGAGACAUAUCAAUAAGAGGACUCCCCAUACUGACACCACACUGUACCUCUCAUCCACCUUCACCCGGACCAACCCCAAUGGGUCAGCUGAUAUCACAGAGAUCCUUAAUACAUAUAAUACUGCUACAGAGCCCAGAUACAGGAACCAAGGCGAGCAGGUGGGCACAACAAGACAGGACGAUAACUUUACCACAGAAUAUUCUGGCACCCCUAUAUGGGACAAUAACAACACUACCCAAGAUUUACACAACUCCAAGGUCACAUUGCUGGACUCAGGCAACACAACUUGGUCUGGCAGCUGGACCCAAAACACAGAGUCCAUCCCUGCCCCAAACUCUGGACCAUCAACCCAGGAAUCCAUAAAUGUAUCCAGAAACAACACCUUAACACAGGUUCCUGAAAUAGUAAUAUCUGGGUUAACAACCUUGAAUUUCAGCAACUCAAGUCUAUUGUCUACAAGUGAAACACAAAAGUCUGACAACUCAACAAUGGACCUGAUGAUCACAACCCAAAACACUAUUACUUCAUCUGAUUCUGAAACCUUUGUUCCUGACAAUUACUCCCUGCUAACACCUUCCUAUGGUGCAUCCACCUUCUCAUCUCCCACCAGUCACUAUGCUACAGAUACUUCUGUCUCCUUUACAAGCAUCCCUGUCACAGCUCCACACAGAACAGAUGUCUCAACUAAUAAUCCAUCCACAUAUGUACCAUCACCUUCCAACAGGCCAUCAGUUUCAAACUCGUCUCUUCUUCAGUCUGAACCUUCAUCAUCCACUUUAUCACCUUCAGCUUCUUCUGCUGAGUUGGUUUCAUCUCCUGCACAAGAAAUUUCCACAUAUUUCAUCUCUCUGUCAAAAAAGUCCUCAACACCUACUUCUCCAGAUAUCCUUUCCUCAUCCCCAAUUCCAUCAGAGCAGCCCACUUCUUUACUUUCACCUUCUCUUUCAGAGAUUCCUUCUGUUGCUUUCUCCACAACUUCCUACAUUUCUCUGUCUACAGUGUCCACAUUACCUGCAUCACUACCAGCCUCCUCAUCAGCUACAGCAGGCACAGAAGUGACCAGCAUCCCUUUCUCAACUCUAGAUACAACUAACCAGUCUUCAGAGUUCACUACAGCCACCACCAGUUCGGUGACUGGUCUCAACUAUCAAACAAUUCAGCCCAACCAAACAAUAACAGAUUCUGCCAGAACAGUGUUUGUUGGAACAGACCCUCGAGAAGUUACAAAUAACCCAACUGUCUCUGUAUCCAAAGACAUUUUGGGGAAGACUUCCAAACCAGUGGAUGGAAGUUUAUUGACAACAUCAACUGAGAAGCUACAGACAGUCAUUGUCACUUCAGUUGAAACUUCUGUUCAAUCAACUGAUCCUGCUCCAUCCACAACAACUUCUAGUGAUCUGCUCAUGCCACCAAUCCAUCACAGUACACAAGAAAUUCCCCAACCUGAUGUCCACACUACAAAGUCAAGUGAUUUCCAGUUUACCCAAGAUGAUUCCAACAAGCAAGUUCUGACAGUAAUAACAACUAAAAUGAAUCCAAGUACCUUUACAUCAAAGAUGGAUUUAAGGACCAGCACAGCUGGCACUACCAAAAGCCAAAGUAGCAUAGACCACGCUACAACCACUGCACACAUACUGACAGUGAAGUCUUCCACCACUACAGCAACAACAGCAACAGUUUCCACUUUCUCCAGGAUCACCUCACCAGCAGAGACAGGUGGUCAUUGUUUACUUAACCCAUGUCAGAAUGGAGGCCACUGUGUGGAGCUCAGCUAUAACAGCUAUAAGUGUGAAUGCCCAUCAGCCUGGCAAGGAGAGCAUUGUGGCAUAGAUGUGGAUGAGUGUCUCACAGACCCCUGUCCUUCCCAGACAUUUUGCAUUAAUAAGAGGGGGUCUUUCAGCUGCCGCUGUCCUCUUGGAUCUUUCUUGGAAAAAGAAACCGGAUGUGUUUUGGCACGAACUUUCCUGGGACACAUCAAAGUGCCUAGAAAUUUCCUAAAUGGGACCAUGGGCAGAUACAGCAAGGUGCAGCAGAUUGAGGAGGUGAUACUGCACAUGCUGAACAAAUCCUUCUCUGGCCUGAGCGGGUAUUACCAGUCAGAUGUGACCAACAGUAGUGAUACCAACCACAUCCUCGUCUCCGUGCAGAACGUAUUCUCAUUGGCCUCAAACAUAACAAAAAAGGAUAUCAAGCAGAGCUUGCAGAACUACAUGAGAUCAUGUGAAUCAGCCCUGGAGAGAUCCCCUGGCUGCCACCUCAUGCUCCACCCCCAGCUCUACUAUAUAGCUGACGGUCUGUGCAGCAUCAACCCCCCGGAAUGUGACAGGGACACUGCAGAGUGCUCCGAUGUGACCGGUGUAGCCAUGUGCCAGUGCAAGGCCGGAUACUUCAAAUACACCAAGAUGGACCACUCCUGCAAAGCCUGCGAAGAUGGAUUCCAGCGACUGAAUGGCAGCUGUGUGAGAUGCCCCUUUGGCCUGGGAGGAUUUAACUGCUCAAACCCAUAUCAGCUGAUCACAGUGAUUAUUGCGGCUGCAGGAGGGGGGCUCUUACUAGUCCUGGGCAUUGCACUGACUGUGACAUGUUGCAGAAAAAACAAGAACGACAUCAGCAAAUUGAUCUUUAAGAGUGGAGACUUCCAGAUGUCACCCUACGCAGAGUACGGCAAGAGCCCACGUUCGUCCGACUGGGGCCGUGAGACCAUCGAGAUGCAGGAAAACGGGAGCACCAAAAACCUGCUCCAGAUGACGGAUGUGUAUUACUCACCAGGCCUGCGGAACCCGGAACUGGACAGAAAUGGUCUGUACCCUUACACUGGAAUGCCUGGAUCCCGCCACUCGUGCAUUUACCCCGGGCAGUACAACCCAUCAUUCAUCAGCGAGGAUAACAGGAGAAGAGACUAUUUUUAGCAGGAAUCUGCUUUGCAUCCUGGGAGUAAAUCACCCAGACUUGUUACCCCAAGCAGGGGCCCCAACAUUCCCCCAAACCUGUUUCUUAUCUCUUAGCACAAGAAGAAGAGCUGUUUAUAGACUGGGGCAGCACUAAGGCCAAAGGGGGUUAUGGUACCAUCAGGUUAUAUGGGAUUUUGGCACAGUUAUGCUGCUGUGUGUACUGAAUCUCUUGGGAUAACCCACAGUGUCAAUAAGCAUGGCAGCGCCUUCUGCCAACCCCUUAAUCAAAUGACUGCAUCGACUGAGACUGGAAUAAUGAGAGAACCAAUGGGAAAUGCCACUAUUUCCACUCAUGACUAAAUGUAUCAGAAUUGUUCUGUUGGGCAGAAGCAGGGACUCUGGGGCAGGACUAGGCUGAAUAGUUCUUAAUCAUGAAUUUCCAUUUGUUUCUAGUGGUGCCAGUACCACUUGGAAUUCUUUUUUUAGAACUGCUAUCCGGCCCCUUGAGUUGCCAUGUGCCAAAGGCAUACAGCUGUGUCUCUGGUAUGUGCUGAGAACAGGGGGUUCCCAAUUAGGUGAGGGACAUCAUGGUUCUUUGUACUGAGCAGAUCCAUAAAGGGCUAAUCUACCCCACCCAGAGCCCCCACUGUCACUGUAACAGAUCAUUGCUCAGCACUUGCCCUUGUAGUGAUGAUGUACCCUGUAUGUAUCCUAAAUUCUAAGCGUUGCAGGGUAAUUUCCUAUUAGAGUGUAAGCUCAACAGAACAAGAUAAUGAUCUGAAUGCACCUAAACUGCUUUUAGGAGUGUUAAUGCUCUGAUUACACCCUAGUGGUGCUUUCGUUCCUCUAAAUGUCCCCUAUUCCAAAUUAGAUUGUAAUGUGUGUGAGCCUGGGCACCACUGAUUGUCUCAGACUGUCACCCUAACUUCUGAUUAGAUUGUAAGCUCUGUGGCAUACAGAAGCCCCUAAGAGUGUGAGUUUUAUGGUAGAUUUGUAGCACUUAUUGUACUUUCCAAUCUAAUUUAUUUUAACUUUAUUUGUGUUCCACUAAAGCACCUGCCACCACUGUGUGUAAGUGUGUGUGUCUGUGUUACACACACGUUGCCUCCUUGCUCUGUUUGUUGGAAUUGAUGAUAAACUGUGUAAGUAUAUAUAUGUGCAGGGCAAGUAGCCUGCCCCCCUGGUGGGUCUGUAGCAAAACCACCUGCCCAGGGUAAUUCUGCCACUUGGAUUCCCGUUACAAGGUUGGUUGGAGCAAACUGUCUGUUUUUAGAAAUUGGAUUAUUUUUAUAUAAUACUUUGUAAUUAAGUCUGGCGUUCUAGUCAGUGAGCAAAUAACCAGGAGAAAAAAUAUGCAAAAAAUAACAAAAUAAACAUUUUACACGUGUG